GUUUUCUUGUGUCUGAGUCUAUGUCACUUUGACAGCAUAGUGCAAAAUAUAAAUUGCGCGUGCGUCCACUGUUUGCACGUACUCAAGAUAUCAGGAAAUAGAUUUUGGCCACGAUCGCACACGGACACGUAUUAAAACACACAUCAAACCGCACACAGCAGUUUAAUCAUCACGCAUCGUGGUAGUUUUUCUCUUCGCGAUAUAAUCGGAUAAAGUUUCAUCAGAUAAUUGUGAGGGUGGAACGCUGGAAACAAUGAUUAUCUACACGAAUCAUGGAAAUCCUUUCGGCUUGAAACUACUGAUUUGUGCAAACUUUGCUAAAAAGGAUGUACAGGUGAAAACUGUAUCUUUGAACGAUGCCGAACUGAAAGACAUGAAGCAUUUGCCCAUCCUUCAGUUGCCGUCCGGGGUCCAGUUAUUCUCCACGGAUGCAGCAGCCAAGUAUUUACUGCAAGGAGAAACACCGGUCGUUCAGCGGGACGAGUGGCUGGAGUGGUCAAGCACCCGGUUAGCUCCUGCUUUGACACAUAACAUGGCCGUUGGAAGUCGACAGGAUCCAAACGCUAAGCCGAUUCUGAACUCUUUGGUUAAGUUCCUAGAUGAUUGCUUAAGCAAGAAUACGUUCUUAACGGGGGAGAAACUAACCUCGGCCGACAUUUCCGUAUGGAGCCUACUCGCUCCUGAUGGUACGUUGAAGGGAGCGCAUGACAUUGACAACUUGUUGCGAUGGUACCGAGCAAUAAAUGCAAUGCCGGAAGUGAAGGCAGCUCUGGAGCAGCUUCCGCUAAAGGAGCUAAGUUUUGCUUCUUUGCAGCAUUCCAAUCGGUACGGAGGAUUGCAUCACAUUGUGCUGGAUCCGGUCAUUAUCGACUUUGAAGGGCAGGUCCUGGUGGAUACUUCUGAAAACAUUGCAUCUACCGUGCAGAGGGAAGAAAUGCAACUGGCCAAAGAAUCGUUCGUGGAUGUUGGCGAAAGGUUAGCAGAAGUAGAAGCUAAAACGGUACUGCCGGUGGCUGGACAGAAGAACAAUUUGAUCACUUCGGCGUUGCCGUAUGUGAACAAUGUUCCUCAUUUGGGAAACAUCAUCGGAUGCGUUUUAUCGGCUGAUAUUUUUGCGAGAUAUUCGCGACUUUGCGGGUAUAAUACGCUGUACAUUUGCGGGACAGAUGAAUAUGGCACUGCCACGGAGACGAAGGCUUUGUCGGAAAAUAUGACACCUAAACAAAUCUGUGACAAGUAUUUCGAGAUCCAUAACUCGAUCUAUCGAUGGUUCGGUAUCGGAUUUGAUUACUUUGGUAGAACGACAACACCGGAGCAGACACAAAUUGUGCAAGAUAUGUUCAAAGAUCUGUACAACGCAGGAUAUAUAGAGACUCGAGCUGUAGAUCAGUUACUAUGUCAAAAGUGUUCUCGCUAUCUGGCGGAUCGAUUUGUCGAGGGUACCUGUCCCUAUCCGGGCUGCGGUUAUGAAGAUGCUCGGGGCGAUCAAUGUGAUGCUUGUGGAAAGUUGAUCAAUGCAAUCGAACUGGUGCGACCACGUUGUAAAGUGUGCAACACUUCUCCGAUCAUCCGUCAAUCGAGCCAAUUUUUCCUGGAUCUACCAAAAAUCGAGCCAAAACUGCGUGAGUGGGUUGAACGUGUGGAUCAUGGUUGGACGAAUAAUGCCCGUGUGAUCACUCAGGCAUGGCUGAGAGAAGGCUUGAAAUCACGAUGCAUUACUCGAGAUCUGAAGUGGGGAAUUCCGGUGCCGCUGGAAGGUUACGAAGAUAAGGUAUUCUACGUAUGGUUUGAUGCUCCAAUCGGUUAUAUCUCAAUGACCAGUCGAUACAGUAAAGACUGGCGGCAAUGGUGGCAACCGGAUCAGGACAAGAAAGUCGAUCUUUACCAGUUCAUGGCAAAAGAUAACGUUCCGUUCCACUCGGUAAUGUUUCCAGCUUCUCUUAUCGGAAUAGACAAAGGUCAUACACUUGUAUCGCACAUCAUGGCCACCGAAUAUCUAAACUACGAAGAUGGAAAAUUUAGCAAAAGUCGCGGAAUCGGUGUGUUUGGAAAUGAUGCCCAGGAAACGGGCAUUCCAGCUGAUGUUUGGCGUUUUUAUUUGGGCGCAUCACGUCCGGAAGGUCAGGAUUCUUGCUUCAGCUGGAACGAUCUGGCCGCUCGAAACAACAACGAAUUGUUGAAGAAUCUCGGUAAUUUUGUCAACCGGGCGCUCGUGUUUUGCGAGAAGUUUUUCGACUCGACCGUGCCACCGAUGGUGUUGAAUGACGAAGACUACACCCUGCUGGCGUUAAUCAAUCGGGAACUGAAAGGUUACGUCAAUCAGAUGGAGCGAGCGAAGCUGCGGGAUGGUAUUCGGCAUCUACUGACAAUCUCCCGCUACGGUAACCAGUACAUGCAAUCGGAAGAGCCGUGGGUGUUAGUUAAAGGAACCGACGAUCAGAAGACACGUGCUGGAACAGUCAUCGGGUUGUGCGUCAACUUUGCUUGUCUUCUUGCCACACUGAUCUUCCCAUUCAUGCCGACAACUGCCCGCAAUCUGUACACCCAACUGAACAUCCCCUCUGGACACAUCGACCCGGAAAAACCACAGAUGCGGAUUCUGCUACCAGCUGGACACAAGAUCGGCAAACCAGCCGUUCUCUUCAACAAAAUCGAACAGUCUAGAAUCGAUGAGUUAAAGAAAAAAUAUGCCGGAACACAGCAGCAAUCAGUCGAGCCGAAACCAGCUGUGCCCAAAACCACACCUAGCAGCAAACUUUUCACCUCCCUAAAAGAAGCCCAGCACGCGGUGGAUGAGCAGGCAGCCAAAGUACGCAAAAUAAAGUCCAGCGGAACCGACAAGAGCGUCUGGCAACCGGAGGUCAACAUCCUGCUCGAGCUGAAAAAACAGCUACUAACGCUGAGCCAGCCGAGAACAUCGCAAAGCGCAUCCUCGGUUUCUGAUGAUGUUCCAGCUUCGCCUGUUGUCCCUGUUGCUACUUCCGAUGUUUGCAAUAUUAAUACUUUAGAAGCGGAAAUUGCCAAGCAAGGCGAGAAAGUGCGCACGCUGAAAGGCAACUCCGAUAAAUCGGUUUGGCAACCGGAGGUUAAAAUUCUGUUGGAACUGAAGGAGAAACUAGCUAAACUAACUGGAGCCACGCCUGUAGCUCCUGCUGCAGGCAGCGGCAAGAAAAAGAGUAAGAAAUAGAUACAUUGGUCAGAUGUACACAUAGAUUCAAAGUUUCAGUUAUUUAAACAAUUUGGCUAAUUCGUGGUGUUCCAUUUUACCGUUCUAUUCGAAUAAAAUUCAGCUAUCAUAUACAUUCACCAAGAGAAA